UAAUAAGCCUCAUCGGCCGGAGCCUCAUGAGAAAGCCUCCGUGGUGGCAGCUGGUGCAAGAAAUAGCUCACGUUCAUAGCGCCAGAGCACUAGAAGAAAUCGAUGAAGCUGUUCGCGUUCGUGAGGCGCGCUCGCCGGACAUCGGCCGCGGCGGCGAUGACAGCGGAGCCGGUUCCGGUGCCGGUGGCGCCUGUGUCCGCUGCGGAGAAGCGGCGGCGGAGGCCCUCGUCGGGAUCGUCGUCGUGGAAGCCGACGCUGGUCGCCAUCUCCGAGGACGCUGCGGUGGCCGCCGCCAAGGCCGAUGCCGGAAAGGCCAAGGGCAAGCCGAAAGGGAAGCCGGCGGCGGCCAAGGCCAAGGCGAGGGCGUCGCCUCGCGCGCUCCGGCCUGACUACGACGACUUCCGGCGCUUCGGGGCGCCCACGGUGCUGCCGGCGUUCACGCCCACAGCGUUCCUCUUCUGAGCGAGCUCAGGCGAGCUCGCUGUGGUGGUGUGCCGUGAUGGGAGCGGCAAGUGGCAACGUGGUGGUCUGACCACGAACCCUCUCUGUGUUUGUGUGCCCAAUAUGAGCUCCCAAAGCUGAUGCUUCUAUGAUUCCUUCUAGUGCUUGCUGGCAUCUCAUGUGAAUAUCUAUGUCUAUUGUUUCGGCUUC